AUGGCACGCUAUACGGUGUUAGAUCGUGAUGAUUAUCGGCUUGUCCCUUCUAACGAUAUUCCAGAGAAUUACAAUAUUCAUGGCUCACAUAAACUACCCAAAGGCUAUUCGUUAGUUUUUGUCCCUACAGACGCCAAGUUUGCGAGUAUAAUCCCAGGAAAUAUACCCUCGAGAAACUCGGCUUCUCUAUCAUGCAGCUAUAGCUUAGUUAAGGUUCUUGUCUCACUCGUCCAGUCACUUUACGCGAUGACCACGCUGUACCGGUCUAAGGGCAACCAGAUAGAACAAUAUGGCUAUGCUGCUUUUGGACUUACGGUGGCGCCGUAUGCCAUUAUGUCUGUCAUCAAUCUCGUUGGAAACUUAAUGGUACCGGAAUACCCGGCCUUAUAUCUAGUUGAGUCUACAGUCAUGGAUGAAGCUAGAAAGCGUGACGAUUGUUUCUUUGAUGGAACAGUUGGCAAGUUGGAUGAAGGGCCAACUCAAGAGUCUCUAGCUGGAUUAUGGAAGGCGCAAUCCGUGAGUGGUUUGGAAUUCGGAUCCUCUGAUAGCACCGGAUGGGAAGUUGCCCUACGAAUUUCGCCUUGUCCGGACAUUACCGCGCCUACGCUCUCGGAACAGACAGCCACAUUAAUCGCCCAAGACCCAAUACUAUCAGCUGUUCCUGAGGAAGUCAAGCUUUCUAUAAACGAUAAACCAGUGCCUUCUAGCGGCCGUGAAGCUCAACGUAUGUGUGCUCAAGAACAUCGCCCAUGCUUGCUUAUUCCCUCGCGACCCUUUUAUGAGAAGAACCUACCCCCGAGUUUAACAAAUAUUCGGUGGACGCUCUUGUUCUGUAUCUUAGUAGUUGCUAUUCAGAUAGCAAUACUAGGUGGUUUGUCGAGGUUCCGGAGUGGUUCAAGCACAGGUGCUCAAAGAGCGUGGACAAUGUCAUGGCUGAUUUUCAGCAUUUUUGCUGGAAUUGUGGUAAAUAUUUUGCGCGGAGACAAAGUAGCAGCGGAGGAAAGUAUUAUCGAAAAGCUAUCUGGUGCAAUUGUGGGCUGUGGGCUCUAUUGUGCCCCUGCUAUUGGCGGAUUUGUUGUGGUAGGCCAAAUGUUUUAUGAAUAUGGGAGCUGCACUCGCAUCUCAUGA